AUCCGAGUGUGCAACGGGACCUGGACAUGGGAAUGUGAUGGGAUCUGAGUGUGCAACGAGAUCCGAGUGUGUAACAGGAUCUGAGUGUGCAACGAGAUCUCAGUGUGCAGCACGGUCCAGGUGUGCAACAGGAUCCGAGUGUGCAACAGGAUCCGAGUGUGCAACAGGAUCCGAGUGUGCAACGGGACCUGGACAUGGGACUGUGAUGGGAUCCGAGUGUGCAACGGGAUCUCGGUGUGCAAGAGGACCUGAGUGUGCAAGGGGCCCCGGGCGUGCGGGGGGGCCGGGGCGCGCGUGCAAGGGCGGGCGUGCGGCGGGCGCUGAGUGUGCAACGGGACGUGGACAGCGGGCGCCGGGACGUGGACGUGGGCAUCCGCUGGGACGCGAGCGUGCAACGGGAGCUGAGUGUGCAACAGGAGAUGGACAUGGGAGCCCGGCGGGAUCUGAGCGUGCCCCGGGAGCUGAGCGUGCAACGGAAGCUGAGCGUGCAACGGGAGCUGGAGGCGCAGAGGCGGCUGAGCGUGCAACAGGAGCUGAGCGUGCAACGGGAGGUGGAGAUCCAGCGGAAGCUGAGCGUGCAACAGGAGCUGGGCGUGCAACGGCAGCUGGAGCUGGGCGUGCAAUGGGAGCCGGGCGUGCAAAGGGAGCCAGGCGCGGAGUGGGAGGCGAGCGUGCAACGGGAGGUGGAGCUGAGCGUGCGGCAGGAGCUGAGUGUGCAAGCAGCUCCGAGCGUGCGGUGGGACGUGGAAAUGGGCGUGCAACAGGAACCGGGUGUGCAAGGACACGUGGGUGUGCAACAGGAGCCGCACGUGCCGCAGGACACGGACAUGAGUGUGCAAUGGGAGCCGGGCGUGCAAGGGGAGCUGCUGAGCGUGCAACAGGCCGUGGACACGGGCGUGCAACCGAGCAUGAUUGUGCAAGAGGCGAUGAUUGUGCAACGAGACGUGAAUGUGCCGCCGGAGCUGGGCGUGCAAGAGACCCCGAGUGUGCAACAGGAUCUGCAGCCGGGCGUGCAAGAGCCCCUGAGCGUGCAAGGGGACGUGGGAGUGUGAGCGGGCGUGCAAAGGGGGGGAUGGGUCCCCCCUCCGAGGCUCACACGCGCGUGUGGGGG